UAAUCUUACUUAUUUUGAUUUCUCUAGUCUUGAACCUAGUGGGACGGUCUCAACAAUCAGUUAUGGAGAGGUCAGUAGCACUGACAGAAUAAAAGCCACGAGGGGUCCAUUUAAUGCGUGUCCCGGGAAGAUCUCACAAAUUUCAUGUCACCCGAUGAUUUAGAAGAAGAAGAAGAAAAAAAGAAGAAGAAAUAGUUGUCUGUUGUUUUGAACCAUCAUUUUUGGAGUAGUGACCAAUUACUUAACCUAAAACCAAUAUUUUACACAAAGACAAAAGGAGCACAGUCAGGACUACCAACUACAUAUGAUCCAGGACUGUCAUCUCCAUACCAAGGAAAAUUAAGCCAUAAGGUGUGAGUACGAAUCUGAAAUGGGACUGAACAACAAUGAGCUGCGAUUUCAGAACAAAGCUGAUGCAGUACAACAUACAGUGCAUGUGAAAUUACAGCAUGCAGUCUUUCCAAGAAGGGAGGCGGGAGCCUCAGCAUCAAUCUAAGUAUGCCUCAACAGCCAGGCCUCAACCACCUUCCACUUCACGCCUCACCCAAGUGGAUACAGCCAAACCAGCCAAAAGGAUCACCUUCUACAGAAGCGGGGAUAGCCAGUUUGGGGGUGUCAGGAUGGCCAUCCACAAGCGCAGCUUCAAAUGCUUUGAUGCCCUGCUGGACGACCUUUCACAAAAGAUGCCCCUUCCAUUCGGUGUUCGGACUGUGACCACGCCUCAUGGCACACACAUUAUCAAAGAUCUGGAGGAACUCCAGGACGGGGGCUGUUACCUUUGCUCUGACCAGCGCCAGCCUAAACCAGUCAACAUGGUCCAUGCCAGCAAACGUCAAAGCAUUUGGCAUCAUCACAGUCGCAUAACCCAGCAACCAGAAGCCUUGCCCACGUCUUCACCUGGCCACCUGGCUCAGAGGCAUCGACGGAUUCUUCUGAUUAAAAACACGGAUCCAGGGAUGCGGAGAAAUGUUGUACUGAGCAGGAGAGCAAUCAGAAGCAUGAGGGCCUUUCUUGAAGAGGUAUCUGAGGUGAUGCAGUUCCAUGUCCGAAAUAUUUUUACUCCAGAUGGACGCAAGGUUGACAGUGUUCAAAGUCUGAUGACCUGCGCUGGAGUUUUGGUGUGUGUCGGCGGAGAGCCCCUCAGUCCGUUGUUGUUGAAGUUCCUGCGUAAAAGCUCAGAAGAAAAACUGCCUGCUUUGAGCAGCAGGUCCCCUGCUCUUGGUCCCAGGACUCCUGGAAAUGGGGCUCGAUCCCCUGGUAUUCAAGAAGCAAGAUCUUCCCCUCAUGGAGCUCAGUCCAGAGCCAGUGAGUGCAGUGAAGGACAAGAGAGCAAGAAAAGUGUUAACUUUGGUCUGGAAACAAAAAAGAGCAUCAUCCACCCUCGGUCUGAUUCAUCAACCCGAUCCACUCGAUUGUCAUUGUCCUCAGAGAAAUCCUUUGUCAAUGGAAUAAGACAACACUUGCAGCAGAGACCAGAUAUAUUGAAUGAUGACAUUGAAAAGCGUGUCCUAGUCAACAAGGAUGGCAGUCUUUCCGUGGAAAUGAAGGUGCGUUUUCGCCUCCGCAAUGAUGAGACCUUGCAGUGGUCCACACAGAUUGGAAGAUCACCCUCUCUGACAAGUGAUAGCUGCCCUCCAACCCAUCCCCACCCUCCUUACUUACAAAAUGGCCAAUCAGGGAGCUGCUCUGAUUGCACAAGGUUUGACCAAGGUUAUAUGAACUAUUCCAAUCAAUCGCUCCAUCAUUCAUUGGAUGUAAACCAGUGCCCCUGCUGUUACCAGAUGCAAAGACACCAGUACAACCUCUGGGAAAACCCAAUAAAAAACCAUAAGCACCCACCCACCCGACCUCCAUACAUAUCUACCCACAGUCACACUGCAAUUAGACACUCACAUUCCACUUGCUCAUCCUCAUCUUGUAACUCAAUGAGAGUAGUGCGUUGCCAAGCAAAACUCUCCAACUGUGGAAGUGUUUCAGAUUCAGAGCAUAGCCAACAUGUCCAAGAGGAAACAUGUGUAAUGGAACAGGUAGAGCAAAGAGUAGAGAUGGGACCAAAUGAAGAUACUAAUGAGGUGUGUAUGAUGAGUAGGUGCUCUAGUCAGAGUGAAAUGAUAACCCUAAAUGGAAAUGUGAGAUCUCUUAGCGAGAGGUCACUCGAAGAUGAGCCAAUGGAUGAAGAGGUGGGUCAACCUCUGUCUAGAAUCAGCAGCUCUUCACAAGUACUUCGGUCAUUAAAAGAAGAUCAGGAUAUUGAUGAUGACCUACCACCGAGUGCUUCACAGUGCUCCCAUAGAACUAAGCCGUCCCGGAAUGGUCACUUGAAUGCUAAUCAGGCACUUAGCCAUUCAACUGAGCUGGACAAGCCUGAAGAUCAGGAUGAUAAAGUAAGUGGAACGAGAUCCCCAGUCACCUCUUGUCUAUGUGGAGCUGACACCCAUCACACUGCAAGAGAAGCAACAGAAACAGAUCAAACUCAGAGAUUCAUCUCCAAUGUAAGUAGAGCCUCUUGUAGGUCCAUCAAAGUUUCAAACCAAACAAAUGGGAGUGAACAGAUACAGAGCAUUAUUGAAGCUUUAUCCUGUACCUCCAGCCAGUCAGGGAUGGCGAGUGUAUGUCCUAACUGUGGGGGCUACAAAUGGGUGGUCAACACCAAUAGCAGUAGUAGAGUAUCACAGAAAUCAUGUCGCACUCCUCAAGGUCCUUCAAACCUCACUUUAUCUCUUGAAAACCAAGAGAAUGACAGUUACUCUACGAACGAUGAUGCUUUGUCUACACGAUCCAACAAAACAAAUCUCACAGCACAUGGAUCUGUCAUACCAAAUGCCCUGACAGGUCGAGCAUCCAGUGCCAUUUCCAGAAUGUCCAGUCCUGUGUCAAUAAAAAAGGAACAAGAAAGCGCCACCUCAGCUAUAACCCACAAAUCCAACACAGAAUGUCAGUCACAGAAAUCUGCAUCUACUGGUGCCACAACUGAAAAUAAGAAAGAUAGAAGCUCCAGUGCUGCGUCAGGACAGUCCAACAAGACUCACAAGUCCAACUUUAGUGGCACAUUUAAAAGCUCUAACGUCACAACAACAGAGGAACCAGAUGGAAGCACCCAUGACAAAACAGAAGCAAAACCUUGUAUUUCACCUCAGACUGUCUCGGGUCUCAUGAUGAACUCUCCAGCUGACAGUAAAGGAUUGGAAAACACAAACUGCAGAUCUCAUAAUUGUCUUUCUGGAAAUUCAAAUGUUUAUAUCAAGUCUGGCAAAGAAGACAGACCCAAUAGUGUUCUCUCAACUAAAUCAUCAAAGUCAAUUAUAUCAGGAAAGUCCAAAACAUCUUGCCACAAUUCCACGACUAGUGAGUGUGCAAUACAUGAGCCAAUAGUGGUACAGCAAAACGAAAAGGAAGAAAAAGACACAUGUCUGGAAAACCCCAAAUUUGUAGACAACAAAUCAGACCUUAAUACAACUCAAGAAAGGGCAACCAGUGCUUUGUCUGCAAACUCAACAACCUCUUGUCAGACAACCUGCACCGCAGGAUCUACCAAUCUAAAGAAAGACAAAGUUUCCUCAGUUGAGGGGAAUGGAAAUAAAUCAGAUGAUGCUAAAGUGCAGAUGGCAGGUUCCAUCUCGAUGAAGUCAAACUCUUCAUUGGGCUCCUGUGCCUCUCAGAAGUCAGUUGCUGCCAAGCCUCUAAAAUCAGCCUCCCCAAGACCAAAUGUAGUCACCAUUCAAGCCCCAGAAAGGGUUGAUAAGGUUAGUGAGGCAACAGAGACAACCCAAAAAAAUGCCAAUAUUGAUGUUGGAGGUGAAGAGAUAAAAAAAAGAAAUGGCCAAAAGAAAGCCACUGAACACACUUAUGGUCAAAUGUUGUCACCCACUAGAACAAAUUCAUCCCGGGCCCAUUUCCAGAAAGAUAGGUCUCCAUCACCCAGCAGUACUAGUGAGGUAAGAGGUCAGAGUGCCUUCUCAGUUCACUCAGUAACAUCUUCUAAAUCUGGAAGUUAUAAAUGCAACUGUGUUCUAGCUUUGACACUUGAAGAGGAAAAGAAGAAAGGGCUGGGAGAAGAAAAUGAAGCAAAGAGAGAUACAGAAAAAAAUGAAUUAAAUGACAUGGGGGGCUCAAGAGGCACAGCGCAACCAAGUCAAAACUCAUCUGGGUCCAUUUCUCUUGAGCUGCCCGAUGACCAUGAAAUGUGUGACGUGGACAGCUGCAAGUCUUGCAUGUCAUUGCCUAAUAACAAUCACAACAAGGAUAGACUGAAGACAGCAACUCUAAAUGUCCAGUCAAUAUUGUCUAAUAAGUCCAAAGCCAAAGAGAGUUUGAAAGAAAGCAAUGUUCCUACUAUUGAAGCACCUUGCUCUGAUGAGGAUGUUGACAACCAUCCUGAGAACUGUAUUUGUGCCAGCCCAGCCUCAAGCUGUAAAAUUAAAGGCAUCAAUGAAAACAGGACCUCAUCUUCACUGUCAUCAGCUGGUGCCAAUGUUAAAAAUUCUAAGCUUUCUCAACAAACUGAUGGCGAUGUGAAAAAUGUUGACAUUGACAACAAUGGUUCCAAAAAAUCAGAAAAUAGUGGUGAAGAAAAACAGAAUAGCCUCAUGAACAAGGCAGCAGGUGGACUAUUCAGUGGACUCUGUUCCCUCACGAGUGACUUGGCAGCUGAUGCAAAUGUGAAUGGCUAUGAAGAGAGUAAAGGAGAAGGUAUUGUCAAAACAACUGAAAGUGGCAGUGUCCAGUCUGGAAAAACAUCCAGUUCUUCAAAGAAUGUGAUGUCAGUCAGGUUCUCAAGGCAAGACAACUCUAGACGGUGUAGUAAAGAGACAUGUCGUGAAAGCACCCUGUCUGCUGCUGAUCUACUCAUGGACACCAAGCCCAUUCGGCAACAUUGUCAUCAGUCUGCAAAGGCAAGCAAAGACAGCAGCAAACAGCACGUUGAGAAAAUUAGGAGGCAUGAGAUAAAGAGGAACCAGAAAGAUCAGGGUGAAGGGACAGAAGUAAGCCCUGCAUGGCUGCCCAAUGCUUCGCCCAGUGAAGUCGUCAGUGAUUGGUUGUGUAGCAUUCCUUCAAAUAGCAACAUGAUCACUCUCGAGGAGCAAUCUGAGGAAUUGAUGGCUCAAGAUAAAGCGGAUGUAAAAGAAUCAAAUGAGGAAAUCACUGAGAAUGAUCAAUUAGAUGAGACACAGAAUAUUUGGGAUGACGAGAAAGAAGAAGAAUGUGCAACAGUAACUGAAAAAAAUCCAGAUCUGACUGCAGGUACUGGUGCAAUAGAAGCUUCUCCCCAGUCGAGUUCUCUGUGGAGUGGUGAAAAGGCAUUGCCUAAGAACUGGCGCUCUUCAGCUGCAGUGAUGAAGGUGCUUCUCAACUCCUCCCUGGGACGUUGUAGAAGCUUGCCUGAGGUGUCUCCAGUUUAUGGCCGCAGACUAAGCACAUCAGCCAGAGGUCUCCUUGACUGUUUGGCCCAACUUCAGCUCAUUGAGCCCCUGGGGGGUCAAGGUUGCAGCAAAAAUGAAGACAGAAGCCGGCAGUAUGGUGACAUUAUAGCCAUUCUUCAAUCCCUUUGGCUCACUGAACCUAAAGACAUUGAGACCAAGGACACCGGCACAGAACAAGUGACCCCACCAAGGUCUUCAUCAGGGGUAGGCAUGAGCAGUGGCUCUGGUGGCUCAGGGAAGGACCAUGACCAUCAAGGAGGAGACGAAAUACUCCCCAAUGUAUCUUCACAUGAGGAUGAGGGUGUGGAGAAGUGUUUAGAGGAGGAACUAGAACAUCAAACCUUGGAAAUUAAGGAGAUGCUAUUUUUAAAAGAACAACCAUUUCGCAGUGAGGACCAAAUUCAAGUCGGUCCAAUUCUCGAAAAUCUAAAAGAAGGGGAUCCCUCAUCAUCUGACAAAAGCUCGGCCAACAACAGCUCCAACUUUAGCUCAACAACACCUCCAACAAUUUUAAAAGCAUCAUUUUCAAAUAAACCAUCCCAAGAUCCAGAUCCAGUGUGGGUCUUGCACCUCCUGGAGAAGCUGGAGAAGGAAUUCAUGAACCACUACAUUGAUGCCAUGGCAGAGUUUAAAGUCCGUUGGGACAUUGAUGACAGCCUCAUUCUAGACACAAUGAUUUCAGAGCUGAGGGAUGAGGUGAGACACCGAAUCCAACGCAGCAUUAAGCGGGAAAUGAGUAAGAUUCACAGUCGAUCUGGGCGUGGGGGUAGGUCACCACGGCCUCCAAAUGGAGCAAAUCUAUCCAGGGAGUCCACCAUGACAGAGAAGCGGCGACGGAUGCUGAAGGUCAUGAAGAAUCAGUCAGUCAAAACUGCUGACUCCUUCAGUGAUGGCGAGAUGACAGCCGAGUUUAGUGACCAACAAAGUGAUGACGAGUACUGUCCAUGUGAUGCUUGCGUACGCAGGAAAAUGGCAGCCAGGCCUCUCAAAAUGAACACUGCUUCUGUUGACGCUCCUGUGAUGAAAGAAUUUGAUCUUCUGAAAAUACUACAGCUCAAGAAGAGCCCCGCAACUGUCCCUUCAUCUGUGUCACAGCCUAAAGAUAAGUGCCAUGACAGUGUGAUCAUAGAGGAGGAAAUGAGGAGUUUAGAGGUUGUGCAAGAGGAAGAGGAGGACGAUGAAUCCAGCGAAGAUUUCAAAACCGUUUUAGAAACAACAAUUCCUGAGGAUGAUGAGGAUCCAGCUGAAGAGGCGAAGUGUGAAGGUGAUGAGGGGGAAGAUGACGAAAUAACAGAGGACGGGGAAUCUGGGCACUCACAGAUCUGUGGGGGGGAAUUGUGCACAAGGAAAGAAUCACCAGAGGAGCCUGACAAAACAAGUCACAACAUGGGAGGUGAAGGGGGGAAGGAGACUGAAGAUGAAGCCAAGACAGCAGAGGAGGGGGUUGAGACAGUAUACGAUGAGAGGAAGGCCCAGGGCGACAAGGUUGAUGGAGGAGUGACGACUGAAAGAACUAAUGGUGGAGUACAUACUGAGGAGGAAGAGCAAAACGUUAUCGAGGACUCUACAAAUCAAGAUCUUGAAGAAUCCAAAAUUUGGGGGGAGAAGGGAAACACCAGUGCUUCAGCAGGGGCUGAGGAUGAAGAUGAGCCAGAGGAGGAGAAGAAUGAUGGCACUGGAAGGUCUCGAAAAGAAGGCGAGUCGUCACUGCAAGGAAGAGCCUCAGGGAAGGGCGAAGAAGCCAAAGCUGAAGACUCAGACCCUGAAGCUAAACAUCCAAGUGACGACAGCGCAGAGUCUGAGUCUGAAACUCACAGUGGUAACGAGGUGGAUGUGAGCACAACAGCAGAUGGCGCUCUAAUGCAUCAGUUCACCAGGACUUCAGUGGAGUCUCAGCAGGGCUCCUUGGAAGACUGAGACACUGAAGUCGAAACAAAACUAACUCUUGGCUCUUUCUCCCAUUCAAAGACACUUUAGAACAGGUGGACACACCAGGACACUUGAUGCACUUUAUUUCUCUCCUGUGGGAGUCCGAGUGAUAUGGAACUUGAUUUUUUUUUUUUUUAAGAAAACAGACUGAGCAUUUAAAGGAUGAGAAUGUUUUGAAUUAAACUUUUAUAUUUAAUCAAUUAGAUCCUCAUAGAUCUUGCAGUAUGGUUGUAGUUACCAUCAUGUUUAUUCAUUAUUUUUGCAUAUAUUAUGUGUAACAUUUCUCUAUUACGUGACAGUUGAAAGGUCAACUGUUACCUUGCUAGCUGCUUAAAUACAAAAAUAUGUAACGCUCAUGUUUAUGAGUACAAUUUUAAAGAAAUCUUAACACAAUCAGGGAAGUAUAGUUAUUCACUUUCAUCUUUAGUAACAUCUGUAUUUAUAAUGUGUAUCUAAACAGUUAGAAGCCUUAGUAAUGUAUUUGUUAAAGUGUGUCAUCACCUUGAGGCCAGGUUUAUAUAUUGUCAUCGAAAUUGUAUAGCUACUGGGAGGUUUAUUUUCCAGGUAGUAGUCUGCGAGACCAAUAUAUUUAAGCAUAAAUAAUAAAUCAAAUGUUUAUCAGUGUAAUUAUUUAUUCAUUGCUUUACUGUGUUAGUGGCAUGAUUCUCCCUCCUCGGUAAACUAAUGGGUUCAAUGAACUAUGUGAUAUUCAGAUGGGGGGUGCAUAAGCAGCCAUGUGGAUCGCCAGCGUGACAUGUGAAACUGAUGCCUUACAGUAUCCGUGGUUAUACAGGAUAGAAAACAAGCUCAAGGGCCAUGCUCAAGUCGAUGGGCUCAAAGCUCUCUCUGCAGAGAUGUUCAAUGACAGAUGAUGUAUGGGGCUCUGCUUCUGAGCUCGCCAAGGGGACGGAAAAGUGUGUUGCUAUCGGUGUGUUUGGAGAAGUGGACACAAAUAAAAGCAAUGGAAAAUAUGUCAAUUGAACAAAAACAAGAAUUUACACAUGCUCAACUUCCAAAGGACCUUGACAUAUUAUUUGGACCCAUGUAGGCCUGUUCUGCUGUCAUCAGCAGGGUACAGGUGGGACCCAAUUGCAAGAUGUAAGGAAAAAGAGCGUUCCAAAAACCCUACACGUUUGACGUUGUACACAGGUAGUCAGUCAGUGAAUUUAAAAUGGUAUAGCCAAAAAAGGAAGGUUAAUAAACAAGCAGGGUCAGGGAUUACUUGAAUAAGUGGCAAGAAUAAAAAGAAUUGUGGGUGUUUGACAAUGGGGUGCAAUGAGUUGGCAAUGAGACAGGCUGAGACUCAACGCUUAACAUACUGAACAAAAAUAUAAACACAACAACUGAGUUUUUGUUCCCAUUAUCAUGGGUGCCUGGCAAUCAGUUCAGGGUGUACACCCAGCUCUUGCCAGCAGUUAACUGGGAUAGGCUCUAGCAUACCUGUGACCCAUGUGAUGAUAACCAGUGUAAAAAUUGUUAGAUGGAUGGGUGACCUUGAAGACUUUUUCUAUUUUAUUUUUCAUGUUGUCCACAAAUCUGUGUUAGUGAGCAUGUUUCCUUUGCCAAUA